AUGAAGACCUACCAAGAUCAGACGAAUGACAGUUUGAAAUUGUUGAACACCCAACAAGAUCAAACAAACGACAGCUUGAGAUUACUGAAUAAUCAAUUAGCUGAACUGGUUCAACCUUCUCGAUCUUCACAUCACAAUCAUGGGGAUGCUGGAAUUCUGGGUACACCCGGAUUUUCGAUACCAGGAGGUAACAAUCAGUUUAGUCACUAUUAUGCAGGUGCAACAUCUUAUUCUAGACAUCAGCGGACUCCAAAGGUCGAUUUCCCUAGAUUUGAUGGGAAAAAUCCGCGUGGAUGGGUUCAAAAGAGCGAAAGGUAUUUCCAUAUACACAAUACUAAUGAAAAUCAGAAGAGAGAACUAGAAGAUGGUGUAUGUGCUAGAUUUGAAAAUCCUAUGGAUGAUAACUUUAUAGGGAGCUUUAAUAAGUUGUGUCAAGUGACUACUGUAGAAGAAUACUUUGAACAAUUUGAAUCUCUCAAGGCUCUUAUGUUGAGCAGUAACCCCCAUCUGAAUGAACAAUACUUUGUAAUGAGUUUCAUUAGUGGGUUAAAGGAUGAGAUAAAGAACUCUGUGUUGAUGUUUCACCCACCUACACUAUUACAAGCUUUCUCAUUAGCUAGAAUGCAAGAGCAAAAAUGUGCUCAGCAGUCUAAACCUUCAAAGCCAUUUCAAAGAUCUUUUACCAACUCAUUUUCUACUUCAAGGCCCUAUCAAGCUCCAUCAUCUCCAUUUCCUCCUAAGCCAAUUCAGACUUCUACCACAAUCUCUAGCCCAUUCACACCAAAGUCUGGCAACUCCACACCAAAAUCCAGUCCACCACUUCCACCUAUCAAGAGAUUGAAACAGGAGCAGAUGAGAAUUAGAAGAGAAAAGGGGUUGUGUUAUAAAUGUGAUGUAGUUUACACCCCAGGCCACAUCUGUAAGAGACAACAACUAUUUAUGGUGCAAUUAGAGCAACCAAAAUCUUCUGAGGAAGUAGAAAAAGAGGUCUAUGAAGAAGCCAAAGAAUCUCCAGUAGAAUAUGAUAUGGAGAUAUCCCUACAUGCUCUAACUGGUGCUGCUACUGGUAACACUAUAAGAAUCCCUGGAAACAUUAAGAAGCAGAAGGUGUCAAUAUUUAUGGAUACUGGAAGCGCUCAUAGCUUCAUUGAUUGUGGCCUAGAAAGAAAACUCAAAUGCUCCAUCAAACCCACAGGGAAAAUGUUAGUGACUGUUGCUAAUGGGGACAAGACUGUAAGUACUGGCAUAUGUUCUCAGCUGCAAUGGACCAUGCAGAAUCAUCAGUUCACAGAGGAUUUGGGGUUGAGCAUAUCAUUCAAGUAUCAAGGAGAGAAGGUUGUACUCACUGGUGAUCCAGAACAUAUAAGUUUGAGGAUGAUGAACAGUGAGGCUAUAGAGAAUUACUUCAACAAGAAUACUCAUGGCAUUGUAGGUCAGCUAUUCUCCAUCUCUCCUCCAUCUACACCUACAACCACCCCUCCUAGCUUAUUACCCCUAUUACAUGAAUUCCAAGAUAUAUUUGAAGAACCCAAACAAUUACCACCCACAAGGAAUCUGGAUCAUACCAUACCCCUCAAACCCAAUUCCACACCCACUAGCCAGAGGCCUUACAUCCAGAAAGGGGUAGUUGAACAACUUGUGAAAGAAAUGCUCAAUUCAGGCAUCAUCCAAACAAGUCAUAGUCCCUUUGCUGCCCCCAUUUUUCUAGUGAAGAAGAAGGAUAAUACAUGGAGGUUCUGUGUGGAUUAUAGGAGAUUGAAUAACAUCACAGUCAAGGACAAAUUUCCAAUCCCAGUCAUUGAAUAUCUUCUAGAUGAACUAAAUGGAGCAAUGUACUUCACUAAAAUUGACCUGAGUACUGGCUACCAUCAGAUAAGAGUUCAUGUGGCAGAUAUUCAUAGGACAACAUUUAGAACUCACCAAGGGAAUUAUGAGUUCAAGGUCAUGCCCUUUGGACUGACAAAUGCCCCUGCAACAUUCCAGGCUCUAAUGAAUGAAGUUUUUCAAGAAUAUUUGAGGAAGUUCAUACUUGUUUUCUUUGAUGAUAUUUUGGCUUAG